AUGUACGACUAUUCGGACAUUGUGGUUGAAGAACCGGUCGAUCCCUCUCCACUGUGCCAGAUUCUUUAUUCUGAUGAGUUCAAACAGCUGAUUGGCAUAGCCAAAGCUCUGAUGCGCAGCAACGAGCAUUCGGAGAGAGCUUUGAAAAUCACCGAGAGAGUGAUCGAGAAGGUGGCUGCACAUUACACGAUCUGGUCGUACAGACUGUCAAUUGUCAAGGGCCUCCAAAACUACCCUCUUGACAAGGAACUCGAGUGGUGUGGGCAGAUUGCUGUGCAUAACCCCAAGAACUAUCAAAUCUGGCAUUAUCGUUCGCUCAUUAUUCAGCUGAUAUUAGAGCGAUUCGGUAGUUUCGAUUUGAAGCAAGAGUACCCAUUACUUGAGAAAAUGCUGGACCAGGACUCAAAGAAUUACCAUGUAUGGUCGUACCGUAGAUGGCUUGUUGAGAGAUUCGAUUUGUUCAGAGAUACGAACGAGCUCAAAUAUACAGGGAAAAUGUUGGAGGAAGAUGUGAGAAAUAAUUCAGCUUGGAAUCAUCGAUUUUUUGUGCUUCUAGGCGACAAAAAGACCCUCACAAAUGACCAAAUCCAGGCAGAGAUCGAGUACGUGACGGCAAAGGUUGAUAUUGCGCCUACCAACCCGUCUUCCUGGAAUUAUCUUAAAGGAAUCUACAACAAGCUAAAUAUGGAUGUCACGAACCUGCAACCUCUGGCGACAAAAUACUCUAAUUUGAAUUCGGUCCAUUCACAAUACGCAUUUGAGCUGCUUGCGGAGAUAUUUGAGAAGCAAAAGUUAUUUGAUCAAGCAAUCGAUGUUUAUGCUUUGUUGGAGGAAAAAGAUAGUAUACGAAAAAGAUACUGGAGAUGGAGAAGCAGCCGUCUCAGUUUCUAAGCGCGCGGAGUCUUUCAGAUAGUUUAUCCUCUUCAUGAGGGGCCUCUGUGGUUGGAAGCGAGGGCGUUGCAUCCACGUUGGUAUCACCAAUCUUGUGUUUCAACUCCAGUCCUGCCUCAUCUGCGAUUUGAUUCAUCAACUGGUCCACCUGAUCCUGUGGCUGGCUCACAGCAUUCAUGUCGUUAGACACAGUCUCGUAGUAGUUUGUACUACUUUCUAGGUCCUCAAACUGCUCCUCGAAUUUGUCCAUAACCAUUGUAAUUUUUUCUAAGUUCAUCGUCUCCAUUGCUUUGUCCAUGCCCCUAACGACAUGUGCCAUAUUGUUCGUGACGGAUCUCAUCGUAACAGCAGUCUGAAUUCGUGAAGCAACAGCAUCUAUACGCGACGCAAGCCUUAGCAAGUUUAAACGCUCUUGGCCCUUGCGAAUGGCAUUUUGAGCAUAUAUUUGAGCAAUGUCAUUGUUGCCUUGUAUCAGUGCUUUCUUGACUUUAUUCUUCUCAGCUUGCUCUUCUUUGCCAGUCUUUAUCGACUGCCUAGUCAGCUGCUUUGCAGUGAACUUCAGUUGGAAAAGCGAUU